AUGACCUAUAACUCUUAAGAUUUUUUAUUUUUUAUUUUUAUUUUAUAACGGAAACAAAAGAUUUGGAUUUGAAUAGACUGGCACUCCGAAAGUUGAUUGUAGGCUACGAAUGAUGAUUACAAUUUACAAAAACAAGAAUAAAAGGAUUGAUGAAUUGUGUGUUUCAUUGGGGAAUAAAAGCGUAGAAGACUUGAAUGAUGACAACGUAAAAUGGAAGGAUACAUGCCUCAUAUCAUAUGUUAUGUUGGUGGCCAAGUUCUCAUCUCAAGUGGGUUUAUAACUUAAAACUGUACGGCGCAAGAAUUCAAAAUCUUCAAAAAAUGGGGAGGGCCAAGCGGCGGCAUAUAUUCAUAGCUCUAGGGCUCCUUAUGCUUAUGGGAAUCGCCAUUCACUUCCGCCUUUGGGCCAUCGAUAAUCGGUUCUCCUCUUAUGAUUCCGAGCUUUUAAGGAGACAAUUUGAUCUUGCUAACAGAGAAGCUAUGGAUGAAUCUGCAGAGUGGAGAAGAAGGUUUGAUUUGGAAUUCGAGAAGGCUACCAAAUGCUCUAGGGAACUGGAGGAAAUUAAGAUGUCCACUGGAGAUAAAAGAAAGGUUUCUGCUGUUCUGAACAAGAAAAUGGAAAUGUUGCAAAAGGAAAAUGUGGAUUUGCUUGAGCGAGUUGAGUCUUUGAAACAAGAGCUUGAAUCAGAGACACUUAAAUGCAGCAUGCGUAACAUGUGAUGUCGCUGGAGUAAUUAUAAUUAUAAUCUUGGAGGCUAUCAUUUUUUUCAGAUUAGUCGACAUUUUCGUCGGCGUUUUCUAUGAUUCAAACAGAUGUGGAUCCUCUUAUAUGAUCGUCUCCCUAAAAGCUAGCACAUUAGUUUCUUCGUUGCCAAUGGCAAUUUGUAUUUGAAUAUAUUUAUGAAUACAAAUAUGAUGGUCCGAUUGUCAAGUUGUAUAUAAAAGAGUAUGAUUCAAAGAAAUUUAAGCUGCAAAUCAAAUAAACCAGCAGGCACUUCAGAUGA